CAGGGCCCGGCGCCGCCCGCAUGGCGCCGCGAGCGGAGCGGCCCUUUGUGCGCGGCCCGCGGGGGCCUGGGGGAGCGGCGCCGAGCCGGGAGCCCCCGUCGGGCACCGACCCCGGCCCGCUGGCCGCAGCGCAGGGCUCCGGCCGGCGGAGAGGCCCGGCCGGACCCUGGGGUGCGGGGCCCCGCCCGCCCGCCGAGCGGCCCGCGCUGCCCACGCGCGGCGGAGACGUGGCCUCCCGUGGCAGCAGGGCGCGCGGGCAGCCCGCGGGGCUGUGCCCGGAGCGCGGCCGUGAGGCGAGCCCCGCCGGGCGAGCUGUCCUGCGGCCCGGACAGCCCCGGUGCCCCCCGCCCGGGACGGUGAAAGCGACGCGAAGGCCUUUGUUUCCAUACCUGCCGGGAGAGCGGAGCUCGUCCCAGGGCCGGCGGGCUCCGCUCCCCCCCCGGCGAGCAGCCGGGCUCGGACCGGGGCGAGUCGAGCCGCUGCGUCGAGCUUUAAUGUGCGGGCUGCCACCGCGGCCAGAUCCCAGGCGACUGAACCGCUGCCGUGCGUGGACCUGGAGCCGCCGUUCUGUAGAGACCCAAGCCGGGCAGCUGGCUGGGUGUUGCCCUCCAUGUUGGCAUUGUCGAGUGCUCGGGCUCUGGCUUCCUCUCUCUGCCUUUCUCCGAGUCCAGAGUGACAUUUCUGCGGCGCUACUAAAGGACUGGCAGCCACCAUUUGCAUGUGAUGUCGAUAAACUUCAUUUUACUCCACGAAUCCAGAGGCUGAAUGAAUUGGAGGCUCAGACCCGUGUGAAGCUGAAUUUUCUGGACCAGAUUGCAAAGUUUUGGGAGCUCCAAGGGUGUACACUGAAAAUUCCACAUGUAGAGAGGAAGAUCUUGGAUUUAUUUCAACUUAAUAGGCUAGUUGCAGAAGAAGGUGGAUUUGACUUAGUCUGUAAGGAGAGAAAAUGGACGAAAAUAGCCAUCAGAAUGGGUUUUGCUCCAGGCAAGGCAGUGGGUUCACACAUCCGUGCCCAUUAUGAACGUAUUCUUUAUCCUUACAACUUAUUCCAGUCUGGAGCUAGUCUACUGGCACCUGACAUUUGUUCCAAACUGAUGUGUUUAGUGGAUCAUGCAGUUCUGGAAAAGUGGCCCUGCAUCUGGGCUUGCACAGCCCCUUCUUCACACAGGCUGAGGAGAUCCAGAAGAAAAAAGGGGAACGUCUAUGUACCAGCAAUGCAGAUACAAUGUUUGCAGAAGCCAGACCUCACCAGUGAUACAAAGGACAAGGAAUACAAACCCCACGAUAUUCCCCAGAGACAGUCUGUUCAGCCAUCUGAAACUUGUCCCCCUGCACGCCGAGCAAAACGUAUGAGAGCGGAGGCUACUAAUAUUAAAAUGGAGUCAGAUGAAACCCCAGAAGCCAAAACUCAUAAUUUGAGGCGCAGAAUGGGAUGUACACCUGCAAACGAGAAGGAAAUGCCUGGCACAGUGAAACGAGAACCUGCCGAGAAAAGAGAACAAAGAGACUUGGAGAGAGAGAAAUCAAAAGGGCGCUCUAAAAAAAGCACUAAUGCAGUGGAUUUGUAUGUAUGUCUCUUAUGUGGCAGUGGUAAUGAUGAAGACCGUCUCCUGUUGUGUGAUGGCUGUGAUGACAGUUACCAUACUUUUUGUUUAAUUCCACCCCUUCAUGAUGUUCCCAAAGGGGACUGGAGGUGUCCCCAGUGUCUGGCUCAGGAGUGUAAUAAACCACAGGAAGCAUUUGGUUUUGAACAAGCAGCAAGAGACUACACACUUCGCACAUUUGGAGAAAUGGCUGAUGCAUUCAAGUCAGACUAUUUUAACAUGCCAGUACAUAUGGUUCCCACAGAGCUGGUUGAAAAAGAGUUUUGGCGACUUGUGAGCACCAUUGAAGAGGAUGUCACAGUGGAAUAUGGGGCUGAUAUUGCUUCAAAGGAGUUUGGCAGUGGCUUUCCAGUUAGAGAUGGGAAAAUUAAGCUUAGGCCAGAAGAAGAGGAAUAUCUUGAUAGUGGCUGGAAUUUGAACAACAUGCCUGUGAUGGAGCAGUCUGUACUUGCUCACAUCACUGCAGAUAUAUGUGGAAUGAAAUUGCCCUGGCUCUAUGUAGGAAUGUGCUUUUCUUCAUUUUGCUGGCAUAUUGAGGACCACUGGAGCUAUUCCAUUAACUAUCUGCAUUGGGGUGAACCGAAAACGUGGUAUGGAGCCCCAGGAUAUGCGGCUGAGCAGCUGGAAGAUGUAAUGAAGAAGCUGGCUCCUGAGUUAUUUGUGUCUCAACCUGAUCUUUUGCAUCAGCUUGUCACCAUUAUGAACCCAAAUACACUGAUGGCCCACGGAGUGCCCGUUUACCGAACCAACCAGUGUGCUGGAGAAUUUGUGAUUACAUUUCCAAGAGCCUAUCACAGUGGCUUUAACCAGGGUUUUAAUUUUGCUGAAGCUGUGAACUUCUGCACAGUUGAUUGGCUGCCGUUGGGUCGCCAGUGUGUGGAACAUUAUCGCCUGUUAAACCGCUACUGUGUUUUUUCUCAUGAUGAGAUGAUAUGUAAAAUGGCUUCCAAAGCAGAUGUCCUUGACGUUGUGGUAGCUUCUACUGUUCAGAAAGACAUGGCUAUUAUGAUUGAAGAUGAAAAGGCUUUACGAGAAGCUGUGCGUAAACUGGGAGUGACUGAUUCCGAGAGGAUGGCUUUUGAAAUGUUGCCAGAUGAUGAGCGCCAGUGCAUAAAGUGUAAAACCACUUGCUUCAUGUCUGCUGUCUAUUGCUCAUGUAAACCUGGCUUACUGGUAUGCCUGUAUCACAUAGAAGAUCUCUGUUCCUGUCCCACCUAUAAAUAUACACUGGGAUAUCGAUACAAACUAGAUGAUCUCUAUCCAAUGAUGAAUGCACUGAAAUUGCGUGCAGAAUCCUACAAUGAAUGGGCUUCAAAAGUAAAUGAAGCUUUGGAGGCAAAAAUUAACAAUAAAAGAAGCCUCAUCAGUUUUAAGGCUUUGAUAGAAGAAUCAGAAAUGAGAAAGUUUCCAGAUAAUGAUCUACUGCGACACCUCAGAUUAGUUACUCAGGAUGCAGACAAAUGUGCCUCAGUUGCACAGCAACUUCUUAAUGGCAAAAGACAAACAAGAUAUCGUUCUGGUGGAGGAAAAUCCCCAAAUCAGCUGACUGUGAAUGAGCUUCGGUUGUUUGUAAGACAGCUGUAUGCUCUACCCUGUGUCCUCAGUCAGACUCCAUUACUGAAGGAUCUUCUUAAUCGUGUGGAAGCUUUCCAACAGCAUAGCCAAAAACUUCUGUCUGAAGAAAUGCCCAGUGCUGCAGAACUGCAGGAGCUAUUGAAUGUCAGCUUUGAGUUUGAUGUUGAUCUUCCACAGCUAGCAGAACUGCGGAUCCGUCUGGAGCAGGCACGCUGGCUGGAAGAUGUACAGCAAGCUUGCUUGGAUCAAAGCUCCCUUACCCUGGAUGAUAUGAGACGACUCAUAGACUCAGGCGUUGGGCUGACUCCUCAUUCAGCAGUUGAGAAAGCAAUGGCUAAACUGCAAGAACUUCUUACUGUGUCUGAACACUGGGAUGACAAGGCCAGAAAUCUGAUAAAGGCCAGACCACGACAGUCAGUAAGCAGUCUUGCGGCAGCAGUCAAGGAGAUAGAGGAGAUUCCUGCCUAUCUCCCAAAUGGCAUUGCUCUGAAAGAUGCUGUACAGAAGGCCAAAGAUUGGCUACAGGAAGUGGAGGCCCUGCAGGCUGGAGGACGUGUACCCGUGCUAGACACACUUGUGGAACUUGUGGUGAGAGGUCGAUCUAUACCGGUGCAUCUGGACUACCUGCCAAGGCUAGAAUCUUUAGUGGCAGAUGUUCAAGCUUGGAAGGAGUGUGCAGCCAAUACAUUUCUGACAGAGAACUCCCCUUACUCACUUCUAGAGGUGUUGUCUCCCAGAUGUGAUAUUGGAACACUGAAUCUUAAAAGGAAACAGAAAAAAUUAAAGGAGCCAGUGCCAAAUGGAAAGAAGAGAGGGACCAGGCUGGAGAGUCUUUGUGAUCUGGAAAGAGCUCUGUGUGAGAGUAAGGAGACUGCCUCUGCGAUGGCCGCUCUUGGGGAAGCCCGUUUAAAGGAGAUGGAGGCACUGCGUUCUCUGAGAGCAGCAAAUGAAGGGAAGGUUCUAUCUAAUGAAGAUGAUGCAGAGAUGAAAGUUUGCCUUUGCCAGAAAGAGCCAGCAGCACCAAUGAUAAAAUGUGAACUCUGCAGAGGGGUCUUCCACACCAGCUGUGUUUCAGUGCCCAGUACUUUUCAGGGACCUCGUGUUUGGCUCUGUCCUCACUGCCAUAGAUCAGAAAAGCCACCUUUAGAAAAAAUCCUCCCUUUACUGGCUUCCCUGCAGCGUAUCCGCGUGAGGCUUCCUGAGGGAGAUGCUUUACGGUAUAUGAUCGAGAGAACUGUGAACUGGCAGCACAGAGCACAACAAAUGUUAUAUUCAGGGAAUCUAAAACUUAUACAAGACAAAAUUGGCUCAGGAUUAUUGUACAAUAGAUGGCAAGCCACAGCAUACCAGUUGCCAGAGACAAACAAGGUAUCUCAGACAAUUGGUGCAAUGUCUUUUUCUCUGCCUCACGACUGGGAUAACAGAACCAUGUCUUUACAUGCUCCCUUUUCUUCAGGACAGAACUGCAUUCCCUUUCAUGUCAUUAGCGCAGAGCUGGAUGAGCUGAUGAUGGAAGCCCAUUUGCUACAGGUUUCACUGCCUGAAAUACAAGAGCUCUACCAGAUCUUAUUCACAAAGCAGAGCCCUGUUCUGCAAACAGAACAGAGGUCAGCAAUAGGACCAACAAAUGAAAAGAACGAGUGCUGCCGGGGGAAGAGAGAUGGAGUUGGUUCUGCGGAGAGAAAAUUAAAGAGGCGCUUUGAAAGAGAGGGUUUCUGUGGUGAGAAGAGAGCAAGAGUAAAAAAACUGAGAACACCCAAAAAGAAGAAAUUGAAACUGAAUCCCUCCAAGGAUCUCAGCAAUAGCAAACUGGAGAGAGAGCGAGAACGACUGUUUGAGGCGCAGCGCUCCAGCGAAAGCCACUUGCUUCCCUUGGAUAUGUCAUUCUCUGAGCAGGAGGACUCGGAGGGUGAAGAUGCAAUCUGCCCUGCGGUGAACUGCCUGCAGCCUGAAGGAGAUGAGGUGGAUUGGGUCCAGUGUGAUGGCAGCUGCAAUCAGUGGUUCCAUCAGGUGUGUGUGGGCAUUUCUCCAGAGAUGGCAGAGAAGGAAGACUACAUCUGCAUCAGCUGUACUGGGAAGGACUCUCAAUAUUGAAAGUAAAACUCGCCAGAAGUCAUUCAGGACUCCAUUAAGGAAGGUUAUCAGAAUUUCUCCAUAAAGUCACAGGGCUGGUGUAAGAGCCAGGCUGCAAAUGGUGCUAUUUCUAUCCUCAUGGGAUCAUUUUUCAGAACUCAAACAAUUUUUGACACUUUUGUAUUUUUCCCUUGAGCUAUUUGUGGUUGUUGAGGUUUGAAAUGCUGCCUGUUUAGCAGGGAUUUCCUCCAGUUUGGAAGGCAUUUGAAACAUGCACCUUUUAUUGUACAGCAGUAAAUUACCUCUCUCUGGGAUAUACCAGCAUACACAAUUCAACCUGGUUUCGGUGCAAAAAAACUGCACCAUGAAUUCCAAUAGAUCCUCUUUUGAGGAUAUCCCUUGUUUACUAUGUUAACUCUUCAGAAACUUUAGUUUUUUUUCACUUUGUAUUUUUUUUUUUUUUUUGAUAGGCUAGGUUUAUUUAUCUGAGCAAUAACUUCUGUGUCUGGUUGCAGUGACUGGAAUUACAAUUCUGAACAGCGUGUUGGUUCUUUUAGCAUUGGUUGAUGUACAGAAAGCAAAUGUUUAGGUCCUAGUGUCACUGAUGGACUAGCGCGGGAGAAGACAGAAAAAGCUCUGUAAAGUAAUUGCCACCGCUGUAUUUUGGCUUUCUCCUUUUUUUGGGUAGCUUGUAUCAAAUGUUGCCGUUUCUAUUGUGGAAUAAACCCCUGGUUAUGUUAUAAAAUUAAAUGGUGAUGUUUUUAGAGAGCUUGAAA